GUGUUUCCUACAGAUGGAUCCAGUAAGAGAAAUUCCCCAGAGAGAUGUCCCCGUCCUCUGUAUUCCCGGGACUCCACACAGGGACAUCAGGAGAUCCCUCAGGAGGAUCAGGAGAUCCCUCAGGAGGAUCAAGUAGAUGGAACUGAGGGACAGGAGAUUGAGGAUCAAAAUGUUAUUAAAGUCGAAGUGAAAGACGAAGCAGAAGAGUCAUGUGCGUCAGAGAGUGAUGAGCCGUGUAAGGAAAUUCCACAAGAGAUUGACUCUGAUGGACGAUAUAGGAGGUACCACCUUACAACGAAUUCUUUAGGAGAAAAUGCUGUUAUCUUAAAUCUCCAUUCAGCCCUUAACUGUUCCGGUCUUCCUCCAGAUCCCUCUGCACAUGGCAUGGGGUUUCCUGGUAGCUGGGAUGACACAUACCCGUGUUCUGAGUGUGGCAAGCGCUUUACCCAAAGAGCGGAACUAAUCUCACACCAGAGGAGUCACAGCGUGGAGAAGCCAUACCCAUGUCCUGACUGCGGGAAGUGCUUCGCUCAUAACUUUAUCCUUCGCAGACAUCAAAAGAGCCACAGCAGCGAUCGGCCUUUUUCUUGCUCAGAAUGCGGAAAAGGUUUCAUCCAGAAAUCGGCCCUUGCCAGGCAUCAGAGGACUCACUCGGGGGAGAAGCCGUAUUCCUGCUCCGAGUGUGGAAAAUGCUUUGCCCAAAAAUCUUCUCUCAUCACCCACGAGAAAUUUCACACGGGAGAGGAGUCGUAUUCAUGCUCGGAAUGUGGGAAAUGUUUCUCUCAGAGACGAUAUCUGAUCAUUCACGAAAGAGUUCACACGGGCGAGCGUCCUUUUUCCUGUUCAGAGUGCGGGAAAUGUUUCAGGCAGAAGUCGGUUCUUGACGCCCAUGAGCGAAUUCACAGGGAGGAGAAGCCAUUUUCCUGCUCCGAGUGCGGCAAGUGUUUUACACAGAUUGGACAUCUUAUUUUACACCAGAGGUCCCACACGGGAGAAAGGCCUUAUUCGUGUUCAGAAUGUGGGAAAAGCUUUUCCUCGAGGGCUCUUCUCAUCACGCACCAGAGAAUCCACACCGGAGAGAAGCCCUAUUCAUGUUCAGAGUGUGGGAAAUCUUUUACGGGAAGGUCCAACCUUGCCACUCAUCAAAAAAUCCACACGGGCCAUCGCCCCUACUCUUGCUCUGAAUGCGGAAGGGGCUUUACCAACAAGUCCGGUUUGGUUAAACAUCAUCAGGUCCACACUGGGAUUCAACCAUUUUCAUGUUCUGAAUGUGGGAAACAGUUUUCGAAAAAACUUUCCCUUAUCUCGCAUCUCAGUUCCCACAGAGAACCGGAAUCAGAAUGUGGUCUGGAGUAGGAGCGCCAGACACCAAAAAAAUAACUAAAAACGAACACCAUUCACGUUUUUUUUUUAUUUGCCUGAAUGUAGUAUCAGUUCCUCUUGUGUUGUA